CUGACUGUCAGUCAGCUGUCAGAGGUUUUGUGUUGUUGUUUUGAGAAGAAAAAAUUCUUGUAAAAUAAAAAGCCAGGCAGUAAAUUGGUAGACCUACACAUAAUAUCAUCAUUACGAAUUAUAAUUCAAGUCGGCAAAUAUGUCGGAAUCUUACGAAUAUCUGUUCAAGUUCCUAGUUAUUGGAAGUGCUGGGACUGGAAAAUCUAGUCUUCUGAAUAAUUUUAUUGGGAACAAAUUUAAAGAAGACAGAUGUCAUACAAUUGGUGUUGAAUUUGGUUCCAAGAUUGUCAAUAUUGGAGGUAAAUCAACAAAACUGCAAAUAUGGGACACUGCUGGACAGGAAAGGUUCCGCUCAGUUACUCGAUCUUAUUACCGGGGUGCUGCUGGGGCCCUGCUUGUCUAUGAUAUCACUUCGCGUGAUUCAUUCAAUGCCUUGGCCAAUUGGCUCCGUGACGCAAGAACUCUGGCUAGCCCGAAUAUAGUGAUCUUGCUUGUUGGCAAUAAGAAAGAUUUGGAAGAAUCAAGGGAAGUCACAUUCACAGAAGCCAGCCAAUUUGCUCAGGAAAAUGAGUUAAUGUUCCUGGAAACAAGUGCUAAAACAGGAGAAAAUGUGGAGGAAGCAUUUUUGAAAUGCUCCAAAACAAUACUAGCCAAAAUUGAAACUGGGGAGUUAGACCCUGAGAGGAUUGGUUCCGGAAUCCAGUAUGGCACAUGCACAUCUAAGAAGUUAAGUGCACCGAAGAAACCUGCUCGGACACCCUCCGAGUGUGCUUGUCGUGUUUAGAUCAGGUAUGUCUCCUUUGUUAAGCCGGAGUAUAAUGGUCUGAUUUAUUGAUUCUAAAUCAAAAAAUA